UUUGUCUUGUAACUGAAUCUGGUUGCUCUGUUUCAGUGUCAUGGGGCCUCGUAUUUAUAAUGAGGGACCGAUUGUCUGCAAGCGUGUUGGCCGAAAAGUAAAAUGCUGCCAACGAAACGCAGCAGGAGCGAGAGCGAGAGCCGAGGGAUCGUAACACUGGAGCUCAAGGAUAAACCAUGGACUCUGCAUACAUCCCACCACACCUGGACGUCCACCAUGUUCCCUGCUAACCUCCUGCUCCUCAUGGUCCUGCUGCUACCUCAAGCCUCGUCUGGUCGCCAGGGCGGAGACACCAGAGAGAUCGAUCAUGGCAGGGUGUCCCCGACGCCUUCCUCCCUGCCAGCCCUGCCGUCCCUCCUGGAUCCCAGCCUGGCCCAGACCAUCCAGACUCUCCUGUUGAGCCGGCUGGGCCUUCAGUCUCAGCCUGACCCUCGGCCUGGAGUGCCUGUGCCCCGGUACCUCCUGGAUCUUUACCGCUUCCACCAGCAGCAGUACCAUCUAGUGGAGGACCCUUUGUUUAAUUUCCCCAGCCAGCACAUCCAGCAGGCCAACACUGUACGCAGCUUUCACCACAGAGAGCCUCUUGGAGACAGUCCAAUAGCAGAGGAUCAUACAAGAGUGCACAUCUCCUUCAAUAUCUCCUCCAUCCCUCAGGAUGAGAGGGUGCUCUCCGCUGAGCUUCGCCUCCUCCGCAGUGGCAGAGCCUCCCUGGGCCCCGGGCCCCACAGACUCAACCUAUACCUCUCUGAGCACCAUGAGGAGCCUGAGCCCACUCUGCUGGACACAAGGUUACUCUCCACGGGCGUCCACAGUCAUAAACCAAGUGGUCUCUGGGAGGCGUUCAGCCUAAGUGCAGAGCUCCUCCAUAAGGCCCAGGCUGGGACUGGUAGCCUGGGCUUCCUCCUGGAGGUCAAACCUGAAAACAACACCACCUCACUUCCAGACAAGAGCCUCUUCUCUGCUGCAGGUGAGGCGGAGAAACAAAAAGAGGGACACCUGAGGGUAUGUAGGUCUGUGGGGCAGGACGAUCACAGCUGGGCCCAGGAAAGGCCCCUCCUGGUGACUUAUAGUCAUGAUGGUCGCGGAGAGCCUUUAGUCAAACAUGGCAGAAGAACCCCUGGUAAUGGCCAGAGGAUGAGGGGGAGAAAAGGGACUAAAGCGAGGGCCAGGAACAGCAGCAAGAGCCGCAAUAGGGACCAAGAAUGGGGAAAGGGCAAAAAAAUGGAGUAUACUGGCUGGGGGGGUGAUAAAGGAGGGGUCAGCUGGAGCGAACGCGGAAGGGUGAAAAGAAACGGCGGUCGUGCCGCAAAACUGAAACGUCUUUCCCGUAACAGAUGCCGCCGUCAUCCUCUUUAUGUAGACUUCAACGAUGUGGGCUGGCACAAGUGGAUCAUUGCACCCAGCGGCUACGAUGCCUUCUUCUGCCUGGGAGAGUGUCGCUUUCCUCUGGCCGACCACAUGAACUCCUCAAGCCACGCCAUGGUGCAAACUCUGGUAAACUCUGUGAAUGGAGCAGUGCCCCGGGCCUGCUGCGUCCCCACCUCCCUCAGCCCCAUCGCUCUGCUCUACCUGGACCCUCAAGACCGAGUGGUGCUGAAGAACUACCAGGACAUGGUGGUGGAGGGCUGUGGCUGCCGCUAGUGGGCUGGAGAACUCAGACCAGGAGGCACUCACACGAAGACGGAGGAGCGUCACGGGAAUAGGAAGAAAGAGAAGCAUGAAAAGGGAAGAAGAAACUGUAGUAGCCAGAUGAUGGAGACAAAUGUAGCAGCAUGAGAAGGAUGAGUGCAAAGAAGAGGGAUAAGGGAAUGAAUUAAGCAGCUCAAUCAUCAUUAUCAGGGGCAAAAAGAGGUCAGACAUAGAAAUAAAAUAAAAAGUAAGAGAAACAAACAGGAUAAAUGAGUAGACAAUAAGGCAGAGGAAGAAGUGUGAGCAGAAAUAUGGUCGACACAGAUAAACUGCCAGAAAUUACUUUCACUUUUUGCCCAUUUAGUGAUGAUGCAGCAGCAUACAUCAUCAGGCUGCUUGUUCUCUCAUGAGAAACCAGUGCUUUAACAUCAGAUGCUUUAAUUCCAGGAGUGUAUUCAUGUUUGCCACCCAUCCAGCUCUAACAAAGAUGUCUGACAGACACGUGCACAUGUGCUUUAGCUUAUUGUGGCAGACAGCUGACAUGGUAAACAUUCUGAGCAGUCAGUUGUGGGUGUACAUUAAAGGCCCUGGAGCAGUGUUUACACAAUUCCGUGUCUUUCUGAUGGACUCACUGAUGAUCGACAGCGUAACCAAUAUGACGAUGGCACCAGCACGACAUCUAAACUCUGUGUGACAGUGUUGUUUCUGCAGUAUUUUGAACCAAGAGUUAGGGUUUAUCUGUUUUUAUGAAAGCUAAUAUAAUGACAGACUUGUCCCGUACCAGCACCCAUACAUCACGAGUUAUUUAAAACCACAACAAUAAUGCUGAGGAACUAUUAUGCUAUUAUUUGAAUGUACUACUAUCACUAUUAUUUAAAAAAAGAGAGACUUUUUUUUUGUAAAUUUCUUUUGCAGACGUCAAGAAAAUCCAGGUGAUGGUUGUCUUGUGAUUAUACAUGAUUCCACUGAAUGGCAAUUCUAACUUAAAAAGACACAUUAUGUAUUUAAAUAGCAGCAAUAUGGUGUAUUUAAUCUUGAAAAUAUUUAAGAUACCUGCACUCAACAGAGCAUACAGCAAACUGAAAGCCUGCCGUCCACAUGAAGUAAGUUAUGGUAGCUUUACGUCCAUACAAGUGUUCAGUGUAUUGAAUUAACAGUCUGUGUUACUUCCCACCGUAUCAUUGCACACAUUUCGUUGUACAACACAUGAUAGCAGACGUAAGCGGUGUUGCCUUUUAAAAGCUCAACUAACAAGUCAAUUGAAAGCUCUAUGUAUUGUAGCUACUGAAGUGUGUAACAACAAGUGUCUUUGCUAGUUGUGUCUGCAUGUGUCAAGAAAAAAAAAGGAAGACUGAUAUUAAAACUGGGACUUUAGUGCCUUUCAAACAGGGGCUUCAUUAAAAGUGUUCUCUGCUGAGCUUAGUAAUUGUUUUUCAGUGUUGCAUUUUUCUCUCCGAGUGGAAACAUUAAAGCAACAGCUUGUAAAAUGUUUGACAAUAUACCUCUAAUAAACAGAGCAAACAGCACAA